AUUUUAAGAAAAAAGAAAAAAGAAGAAGAAUUGAGACACGCAGAAGUGAAAAUCUUAAAGGUUCAGACACAAAAUAGUUGCCUCUUGCUUCUGUUAAAAAAAAGAAAAAAAAAACAGAGGGAAAUCAAUCACAAGUUUUCUGUGUGCACACUAACAAGAAGGAGAGCCGGCUUUGCUAAUACCAAUCUUGAUUUUGUUAAUCUUCUUUAUGCCAAAAGAAAGCUGGAAAAAAUGGAAGCAGAGCCAUCAAGCACAACAGCAACAACCAGGAUUACGGAUUUGAACGAGGACUCACUGGCUCACUGUGCCACUUACUUGUCCCUUCAGGACAUCUCCAAUUUAGCCACGACCUGCAAAUCCCUCAAACGCGUUGCUUAUUCUGAUCCCAUCUGGCAACACCGCUUCAGGGAGCAUUGGCCAGACGAAUUGUUACAAACUUCAGGGUUGAGAGAGGCAUAUCUAAAACGACGUGUUGCGGUUCAGCAAUUCAAGUUUGUUGAUCCUUUGGUUGCUGACUUGUACAUUACAGAUGCCAAACCUUUUGAUCAUAUCAUUUUGGACAAGAAUGAUAUUACCUUUUCCCAGGGCUCCUUGGUACAAAUGACAAAUAUUGACAGCUUUUUAAAUGGAAGAGACGGUGUCACAGCGCUGAGUGAUCAUAAUGCAAGAAUCACUUGUAUGAGAAUGUUUCCCCUUAGUGAAACCUCUCUCUUUCGAAGUGAGACACAAAGGAAGGAAAAUGUUUUGGUAACCUCAAGUUGUGACCAUUCAAUUCGUCUCUGGUGGAAGGGUUCUUGCCAACAGUGUUUUAGAGGUCAUAACGGUCCUGUUUUGACCUUGUCUGAUAAAUUAUUAGGCGAUGGCAGUGCCAAAGUAUUGGCGAGCGGUGGGGAGGAUGGUACAGUUCGACUUUGGUCCCUCAGUUCAAGUGGAAAGCGUGGCCAACAUACUUUAAAGGCUACACUUUACGGACAUGAAAAGCCUAUUAAAUUGAUGUCAGUUGCUGGGCACACAACAUCUCUUUUGGCAACCAUCUCAAAAGAUUCCAAGGUUAGGGUUUGGGAUACCACAACAUCAUCUGCUGUUCGUUCGUCAUGCUGUGUUGGAAUGACUUCUGUGCCUGGCGCACCCGUUGAUGUGAAGUGCUGUGAAUCAUUGUUAUAUGUGGCUGCUGGUUCCUCUGUCGUAGCAAUUGAUUUGAGGACAAUGCAAAAGGUUACCACUGUUGCUAUCUACCAACCAAAACUGUGUUCAUUUUCCAUUGUGCCUUCAAAGCCCUUGAUCUGCACUGGUGGAAAUGACAAAGCCAAGCUUUGGGAUAUAAGGAUAAACCAAGAGACUCUGAAACCAGAACCAGUAGCUGAGUUAGAUGGGCACACCGGUCCGGUGGCAAUGGUGCACAUGGAUCCAUACAAAAUAGUUACAGGGGGGCCUGGGGAUUCUUACAUUAAUGUUUGGGAGACUGACACUGGCGCACAAACAAAUUCCUUUAUUUGCUGUCCUUCUGAUGCUGCAAGUAGCAGCUCUGGCAUGGGGUGUUCAGCCAUGGCUGUGAAUGGGACACGGAUUGUCACUGCUAGCUAUGGUGAAGAACAUGGACUGUUAUGCUUCAGGGACUUCUCCAAUGCUACCUGUGCUGUUUCAAAACGUGAAGAUGUGCUUGCUUCCAAGUUUUGGGAUCCACAAUCUUAUAUCCAUGGUGAUGCAUUUAGCUAGAUAGAUGAGUGGAUUUUCUCUCUUAACUCAGCAAGAGGUUUUGUUAUCAAAAUGAUUCUCUGAUUUGUGCUUAGGUCAUUGGUGAGCUUUUCUUGUGAAUAGAAGAAAUGCAAUGGGGUUUGUUUAAUGUAGUGAUGCAGGACAGCCCUAGGGGCUGUUCCGAAUACGACUUUUAGAGGCUGUUUUAGGGCUGUAAGAACUGGUUUUACGUUGAUUUGUGAUGGAAUAUGAGGAAGGAUGCAGAUGGCCUCUGGGAGUCUCACCAGAGUCAUGCCUCCAUGAAACAAAACAACGUUGAAUUUAAAGUGUGAGUAAUCCAUUUAAUGUGAUGCAUUGGCACAGAUGCCUCC